AUGGACCAAACCCGCGCAGAGACAAUCACCGAUUUCUUCCAAACCCUCAUGGACCUCAACGUCAAGAUCCCCAAACUAGCUCGUGGCAUGGAAGUAAAGCUACUAGCCGCAUGCAUGGAUGCGGGUGUGGCUCCCUUUUGGGAUGACUUCACUGAGCUUUCUCUACCGCAACUCCUCACUCUGGCGAGGAAGAUGGAGCACGAGGCGGCGGAUAUGGUUAACGCUAAAAUGCAGGGAGAUAAUUGGGAUGAUGAGGAUAUGAGGGAGCAGAAGAUGGAGUACCUAAAGGCUGUGGCAAAAGUUGGGCCGAAUGCGACACCGAAGGGGUUGGAGGAUUUUGCGGGAAGGGCGAAGGUGAUGGUGGAGAUGGGGAAGAUGGAGAGGGAUAUUGAGAAGGGUAUGUCGGGAUUGAAGGUGUGA